AUGGUGAAUACUAGACACACUAUGUUUGAUCCCGCUCAACAGCAGCAGCAACAAGACAAUGAGAAACCAUUGCAAGACCAGCAACUUCCUCAACACCAACUAAGGGAUAUACCUUAUAACAGGCCCCUACAUGAUGACUCCCAGAACUUCGAAGAAGGGGGUGAAUACAACAAAGAGUAUUACGAAGAAGACGGAGAGAGGUACAAAGACUAUGAGGCUGAAAAUCCCAUCGACCCCAACGAGAAUGAUGUCGAACCAAAACCAGAGGACCCAAAAGUGGUUCGUUUAAGACAACAGGUCUUCGAUCAAGAGGCAAAGAUGGAGAAACAACAAGAGACCACCCGCCAGAUGCGAGAAUCCCUCUGGGCUCUUCAAGCAUUUAUUGUUGCCCAGGGCUUUAUAGCUGAUCCCGCAGCAGUUCCACCCACAUGA